GUCAUACCGUCAGCGAACAGCGUAUUUUUUCAAUAUAGUUUUGGUGUUGAUAAAAGACAAAUAAUUUCAGUUUUCUAAUAUAAUAUCCAAGAUUGUAAGAGUUCAUAUGUGCUUCAUUUAUAUUUAGCGUCUUCAGGACUUUAAAUAUCUUCAAAAUGGCCAGUGUUUCAUAUCAAAUAGCAAAUCUUCUUGAAAAGAUGACGUCUAAUGAUAAAGACUUUCGAUUUAUGGCCACAAAUGAUUUGAUGACAGAAUUACAAAAGGACAGCAUAAAACUAGACGAUGAUUCCGAAAGGAAGGUUGUCAAAAUGCUUCUACGUCUGCUUGAGGAUAAGAACGGAGAAGUUCAAAAUUUAGCCGUGAAAUGUCUUGGCCCUCUUGUCAACAAAGUAAAAGAAUAUCAAGUAGAAGGUAUUGUAGAGACACUUUGUGCCAAUAUGUUAUCUGACACAGAACAACUGCGGGAUAUAAGUAGCAUUGGCCUGAAAACUGUUAUAUCCGAACUUCCAUUGGGAUCCAAUACUUUAGCAGCCAAUGUGUGUAAAAAGAUAACUGGUCGGUUAAGUAGUGCCAUUGAAAAGCAAGAGGAUGUUUCUGUUCAGUUGGAAGCUUUGGAUAUCUUGGCUGACUUACUCAGUAGAUUUGGAGGUCUGCUGAUAUCAUUUCAUCCAAUGCUUUUGAAUUCACUGCUUCCGCAGUUAGCAUCACCACGCCAGGCGGUUCGGAAGCGAACAAUUGUUGCACUAUCUCACCUAGUGAUGUCGUGUAAUGCAUCACUCUACAAUAAACUUAUUGAUCAUCUCUUGGAGGGAUUAAGUAGCUCAAAAUCAGCUAGUGUGAGCCGCACACAUAUACAGUGUAUUGCUUCAAUUUGCCGUCAAGCCGGUCAUAGAUUUGGUGAACAACUUUGGAGAGUAGCUCCAAAAGUUUUAGAACAUUCAAAUGAUACAGACGAGGAGCUAAGAGAACAUUGCCUACAGGCCUUGGAAGCAAUUGUACUUAAGUGCCCUAAAGAAGUACAACCUCAUAUUCCUACGAUAGUAGAGCUAUGUCUAAAAAUGAUAACAUAUGAUCCAAACUACAACUAUGAAGACGAAGAGGAAGGUGGAGGUGGUGAAGAUGAGGAAAUGGAGGAGGAAUCUUUUGAACCUGAUGCUGAACCAGAGUCAGACUCUGAGGAGUAUUCAGAUGAUGAUGAUAUGUCUUGGAAGGUUAGGAGGGCAGCAGCCAAAUGCCUUGAAUCAGUGAUUUCUACUCGCCACGAGCUGUUGGCCGAAAUGUAUCAAACUGUAUCACCAGCUCUAAUUGCCAGAUUUAAAGAACGGGAAGAAAAUGUGAAAUGCGAUAUUCUGAGCGCAUACACUGCAUUAUUAAGAGCGACCCGCCCUCCGCCCGCACUGCAGUGCUCCGUCAAGCCAGCUGACAACUCUCCACAGGCGCUACUCUUGCAGAGGGUGCCCAGUAUAGUGCGUGGCGCGCUGCGUGUGAUCCGCGGCCGCAGCGUGCGGGCGCGAGGGGCGGCGCUAGCGUUACUGCGGGAGCUCCUGGCGGCCGCACCCGCUUGUCUGGCGGACCACGCCUCGCGCGUGCUGCGGGCGCUCACACCCGCGCUGACUGAUAAAAGCACCGCGUCCUCAAUGAAGAUAGAGACGCUAGUGUUUGUGUGGUGGUUGGUGCGGGGGCCCAGUGCUAGCGGGGUACGCGCGCACAUUGCAGUACUGUUGCCCGCUGUGCUCGCGUGUGUGGCCGACCCCUUCUACAAAGUGACCGCAGAGGCGUUACGUGUGUUGCAGCAAAUUGUCAAGAUCAUGAGACCACUCGAUAAUAUAUCAAGCAUCCCUGAUGAGUACCAAGUAGAGAGCCCACCAGAAGAACUACAGCAGUUCAUACCGGCAAUGUAUUCCCGUACUCUGGUGCGACUCCGGGCCACCGAUAUGGACCAGGAAGUGAAGGAGAGAGCGAUUGCAACAUGUGGACAGUUGAUAUGCCAUUUUGGUGACUUUCUACAGACUGAGCUUCCAGUAUGCUUACCUAUAUUCUUAGAAAGAUUGCGCAAUGAGAUUACAAGACUGACAACAGUGAAAGCCUUAACUAAAAUCGCUUCUUCUCCGCUUCGCAUCGAUUUGAGACCUAUACUGUGUGAGGCUGUGCCUAUCUUGAGAUCGUUCUUGAGAAAGAAUCAACGUGCUUUGAAACUAUCGACAUUGGUGCUGCUAGAUACUUUAGUGCAGAAUUAUAGCAACGCUAUAAGUAUAGAACUCUUGAGUAAGGUUCUAGUGGAAGUGCCAGCGCUGGUGUGUGAAGCUGACUUGCACUGCGCCCAGACCGCGCUCUCGUUAAUAUCCAACGUGUGCCGCCGCUGUCCCGCUGCGCUCACGCACGAGGCCCGCGCGGCUCUCACGCCCAACAUCCUGGCGCUCGCUAACUCACCGCUCUUGCAAGGUGGAGCGCUGAAGGCGAUGGUGGGUGUGCUAUCAGCCCUGGUAGAGGCGGACGUAGCCGGGUGUUCGCGACGGGAACUGCUCGCGUUGUUGAUAGCGCCGGUACACAGACCCACGGAGCACAAUGCGACCGCUCAUCAUAUUAAACAGUCGUACCACUCGCUGGCCAAGUGCGUGGCUGCGGUAGUGGUGGGAGGCGGAGGCCCGGGUUGCGCGGAGCAGGCCCUCCACACGACGCGCGCGUUUUUACGCGACGCGGCCGACCCGCCCGCUGACACUGUGCACAUGUUCGCGUUACUGGCCGUCGCGGAGAUCGGCCGACACAUGGAUCUCAGCUCAAUACCGAACCUGAAGGAAGUUCUAUUAAACUCGUUUACGCCAUCAUCAGAAGAAGUAAAGUCGGCAGCGAGCUAUGCUCUGGGUUCCGUGGCGGUUGGCAAUCUGCCGGAGUUCCUGCCCUUCAUACUGAGAGAGAUCGACGCACAGCCCAAGCGACAGUAUCUGCUACUGCAUUCGCUUAGAGAGAUAAUAGCGUGCGAGUCGACAACGCCCGAAGGAGUAAAGGCGCUGAGGCCGUUUAUACCCGAGAUCUGGGUGCAGCUGUCCAAACACUGUCAGUGUGCGGAGGAGGGGUCGCGGAACGUGGUUGCAGAAUGUUUAGGAAAAUUAUGUUUACUGGAACCACAAGACUUACUGCCGCAUUUGAAAGACUUCCUUAAAUCGCCCGAAGCAUUGACGAGGACCACUGCUGUCACGGCAGUUAAAUUUACAAUAUCCGACCAGCCGCAAGCCAUCGACCCGCUGCUCCGCGCGUGCAUGUGCGAGCUGCUGGUGCCGCUGCGCGACCCCGAGCUGUGCGUGCGGCGCGUGGCGCUGGUGGCCUUCAACUCGGCCGCUCACAACAAGCCGUCGCUGGUGCGGGACCUGCUGCCGCAGUUGCUGCCCACCAUCUACGCGGAGACCAAAGUCAAGAAAGAAUUAAUACGGGAAGUGGAGAUGGGCCCGUUCAAGCACUCGGUGGACGACGGCCUGGACCUCCGCAAGGCCGCGUUCGAGUGCAUGUACACGUUGCUGGGCACGUGCCUGGACCGGCUCGACGUGUUCGAGUUCCUGCGCCACGUGGAGGACGGUCUGCGCGACCACUACGACAUCAAGAUGCUCACGUACCUCAUGUGCGCUCGGCUCGCAACCCUGUGUCCCGCUGUUGUGUUGCAGAGGCUGGAGAGCCUCGUGGAGCCACUACGGGCGACAUGCACCAUGAAGGUGAAGGCCAACUCCGUGAAGCAAGAGUAUGAGAAACAGGACGAGCUCAAGCGGUCCGCGCUCCGAGCCACCGCCGCGCUGUUGCACAUUCCUGAAGCUGAAAAGAACCCCCAUCUGAUGGAUUUCGUGACGCAGAUCAAGUCCUUCCCCGACCUGCAGCCGAUAUUCGAGUCCAUCCUCAAGGACUCGGCAGGUGGCGCGGGACUCGACACAAACCUCAUGGACCAGAGCUAGUCCUCGGUACAACACAUAUGUCACAUUUAUUAUUCUCAUUUGUCUAUUACUUAAAUUAUCAUGUUGUAAAUGUUGAGCGUAUAAUAGAUUUUUUAAUUUA